AUGAUGACCAUAUCUUUGAUCUGGGGGAUUGUUGUAGCAGUGUGCUGUUGUUUAUGGCUUAUUCUUGGAAUGAGGAGAAGACAAAUGGGUGAACCACCUCUGGAGAAUGGGCUGAUUCCAUACCUGGGAUGUGCUCUGAAAUUUGGUGCCAAUCCUCUUGAGUUCCUGAGAGCAAAUCAAAGGAAACAUGGUCACGUUUUCACCUGCAGAUUGAUGGGAAAUUAUGUUCACUUCAUCACAAAUCCCUUGUCAUACCAGAAGGUGUUGUGCCAUGGAAAAUACUUGGAUUGGAAAAAGUUUCACUUCAGUACUUCUGCAAAGGCAUUUGGGCACAGAAGCAUUGACCCAAGUGAUGGAAAUACCACUGAUAAUAUAAAUAAAACUUUCAUCAAAACCCUGCAGGGCGAUGGCUUGAAUUCCCUCACAGAAGCCAUGAUGGAGAACCUCCAACUUGUCAUGAGACGUCCGCUGGUAUCUAAAUCAAAGAUGUCUGCCUGGGUGACGGAAGGGAUGUAUUCCUUCUGCUACCAAGUGAUGUUUGAAGCUGGGUAUUUAACUCUCUUUGGCAAAGAUCUUACAGGGCAAGAUGCACAAAAAGGACUCAUUCUGAAUAACCUCGACCACUUCAAGGAAUUUGACAAAAUCUUUCCGGCUCUGGUAGCAGGCCUCCCUAUUCAUGUGUUCAAGACCGCACAUCACGCUAGGGAAAAGCUGGCAGAGGGCUUGAGGCAUGAGAACCUCGGAAAGAGAGACCGUAUCUCAGAACUGGUCAGGUUUCUGAAUGACAUGCUUUCCACCUUAGACGACAUGGAUAAGGCUAAGACACACCUUGCUAUCCUCUGGGCGUCCCAAGCAAACACCAUUCCGGCGACUUUCUGGAGCUUAUUUCAAAUGAUUAGGAGCCCUGAAGCAAUGAAAGCUGCUACUGAAGAAGUGAAUAAAACACUAGAAAAUGCUGGCCAGAAAAUCAGCUUUGACGGCAGUCCUAUUUGUUUGAAUCAAAUGCAACUGAAUGACAUGCCCGUGUUAGAUAGCAUCAUCAAGGAGUCUCUGAGGCUUUCCAGUGCCUCCCUGAACAUCCGGACUGCCAAAGAGGACUUCACUUUGCACCUCCAGGACAGUUCCUAUAACAUCCGCAAAGAUGACAUCAUAGCUCUUUACCCACAGUUGAUGCAUUUCGAUCCAGAAAUCUACCCAGACCCUUUGACCUUUAAAUACGAUCGAUAUCUUGAUGAAAAUGGGAAGACAAAGACCACCUUCUAUAGUAACGGAGUAAAGUUAAAGUAUUACUACAUGCCCUUUGGGUCAGGAGCGACAAUUUGUCCGGGAAGAAUAUUUGCUGUCCAGGAAAUCAAACAGUUUUUGAUUCUGAUGCUUUCCUAUUUUGAACUGGAGCUUGUGGACAGCCAGGUUAAAUGUCCCCCUUUGGACCAAUCCCGUGCAGGCUUGGGCGUUUUACCACCAUUAAAUGAUAUUGAGUUUAAAUAUAAAUUCAAACAUUUGUGA